GUUGCAGAUGGGAGAAGCUGUGUAUAUAGAGGAAGCUCUUCAAGAUGUAUUAAAAGAAACAGAUCUGGUAAAUUUUGAACGAAAACUUUGUGUGGAAUUGCAAUUAUCACGCUUGGAGCAUUUUGAUCAUGUUACUGACGACGAAUUAAAAUCUUACACGGGUCUUUCGCAGCCUGCUAUUCGUCGACUGCGAGUUGCAAUUGCGGAGAAGAAAAAGAAAAGUAAGAAAUCGAAGGGGAUUUUCUCGUCUAUUGGGAGAAAGGAAAGCCGCGAAGUUACAAAGGUUCUUGUACCGACUAGUACACCAGAGCUGUUGUGGACUUUCCCAGAAAAUGGUGGUACUUCGCUCAUUAUAAAAGAAGAGAUAAAAUUAAUGGAACGGCUGGGCGAAGGAUCAUUUGCGGUUGUCAAACGUGCUGUAUGGACGCCAAAAAUAGGACAAAAAUUAGAUGUUGCUGUCAAAAUUUUACGUGAUUCAACUCCAGAAAUAAUUGAAGAUUUACAGCGAGAAGUUACGAAUAUGCAAAAGUUAAAACAUCUAAAUUUAAUUCAACUCUAUGGGAUUGUUUUUCAAAUCCAGCUAUGA